AUGGCUGCCGCCAGGCGCGAAGAAGAAGCCCGCCAAGCAGCGGAGAAAGCAGCGGAGGAAGUCAGGAUCGAAGAACUGGUCAACGAGAAAGUAGCAGCUCGGAUGGAGCAGAUGAUGGAGGAGAAACUGGCCAAGAAGAUGGCCGAGAUGGAGGUACGGCAACGAGCCGAGCAGCUGAGCACAGAAGAUCUCCGGAGCGGGAACGAGGAAAAAGGGGUACCACACCAGCAAGCGACUGGGGGCCCAUCGCCCAACCCCUCCGCAGACGAGCUGGCCAACGCGAUUGCGACUGCCAUGGCCGGUCGCCUCCAGACCUCAUCAGGGGAUAUCGGUGCAGUACCACACCCUGCAACUCUCCGUAUGACUGAGAGUAGAAGAAUUGAGCCUUGGGAUGGUGUGUUUAAGUCGGGGGACAAUAAGCAGCAAAAGCUUUUGAUUUUCAGAUCGAGCAUGGUAGCACGGUUUGCACAGGAGGAUGUUCACGAAGUAGUGAUGAGCAACCAAGACAUCCCAGUAGGGAGGCAAGGCAUCAGCAUGGUAAACCUGAAGACUGAGUAUGGCGAUCAGAAGGUAGCUAAGGCUGUAGUGGCGUGGAAUUUACUCAUCACGUCAAUCUCAUUCAUGCCGAUCUUGUCUGAAAUCGUGUCAGACGGAAGCCCGAGUGGGGGAUGGAGGAUUUUCCUCAAGUAUUAUGAGCCCCAAGCAAAAGCAGAAAAGAAGAGACUCUUGAAGGAAUACCAUAGCUUCGCGAUGCAUGCGGGUGAAAACCCACAAGAGUACUUCGGUAGGUUCUCUAUUUUGCGGAGUAGGCUAGCGUCGCACGGGACAGUGUAUCCCGACAACGAAGCAAACGACCACUUGGUGUCCGCCCUGUCAUCCGACUACAAAUUAGAGAAGAAACUCUUGGACCGCACCCCUGAUUUGAAUUUUGAGCAGAUUGAGGAUUCCGUGAAGGAGGCCCACACGGACCUGGUGCGCGCACGGGAGGAGGAACAAAAGAGUGGCGUGGGGCACGCCUUCGUCGCUUCCGGUGCGCCCCGGGGCGACGGACGUGUCCCAAAUGGGUCGAGUGGGAACGGCGACGGACAGGACGGCAAAGGCGACGGUCGGAGCAGGAGCGACGAGACCAGAAGAGACAGGCGUUGCCACGUUCAUCCGCGGUCAAACCACACCAACGCGGAGUGCUACCAACAGCAGCGGGAUAAGGAGCGAAAGCAGCGGAACCAGCAGCGGCGGCAGCAAUCAUCGCAACAGCAACAGCCGCCGCAGCAACAACAGCAUCCGCAGCAGCCUCAGCAACAGCAGUACUACCAUCCUCGUCCUCAACAGCAGCAGCAGCAGCAAGGCGGCCGCGGUGGGGGGGGCUGGGGUGGUGGACCCCAGCACGGACCUCAUGGCGGACGCGGAGCGCAGCAAAGGUAUGGAAACCCUCCCCCCCCUCACCCGCAGCAGCAGCAAUGGCGACCCCCGCACGGGCAUGCAAACGUGAUGCACCACGAGUACGGUGCCACGCCCUACGGGGGGCCCGCAAACAGUAGCGAGUAUGGGGGUUGGGAGCAGCCGCAGCCACAGUACCAGCAGCCCCCGCCUGACUACACCCAGCAGCAGCAGCCGUACUACCCGCCACCGACGCCUUACUACGAGCAACAGCAGCCGCCGCCACAGCCUCCGCCUCCGCCGACGUUCCAGCAGCAGCAGCCGCCGCAGCUGCAGCAGCACUCGACUCAUGCCCCGCCCCACUCAUCUCCUCCCGGAGCAGCAGCACCGGCCCCGGGCUCCCUUCACUUCUUGAUGGCACGUUUCGUGUCUGCAGGCGAGAUCAUUCCGAGUGGUGUUGUAGCGAGUACCGAGCGUGAGAGUGGUAAUGGAUUUGCUUUAUCUGCGCAGAACCCGCUUUCCCGUUUUGGUAGAGAGAAGUUUUGGGCCGACAGCGGUGCGACGAACACUUUUGUGAGCAGUAGUCAUCAAAUGUUCGACUUGAGGCCAGUGCCGACAGGCAAAGAGUACAUUCAGGUUGGCAACGGUACCUAUUUGCGCGUACAAUGUGUGGGGAAGGUCAACAUGGCUUUCCACAUGCAAGACCAGGGAGGAGAGCGUGAUUUUCGCGUGCAAAUGUCGGACGUGUACGUUGUGCCCGGAAUCACUUUCAAUUUGUUUUCGUUGCACCACACGCAGCGUAAGCAACGGAUCGUCCUUGACGAGACAGGUGUACAUCUCUUUGAUGGUAGACUUUCCUUCGCAUACUCUGACGUAGGAUGCUCGCUCUGGGCUACGCGAUUGCCCCAGGAUUACUGUGGUCGUGCUGUGACCUCUAGCCCCGAUGCCCCUCCCCGUGUGUCUGCCCAAGCGUCCCCGCCUAGCAUUGGCACAGGAUUUGUUGCGGCCACCCCUUCCCUUUUCCAGAGUGCAGGAACGGGCACGAGUGCGAGUGCGACUUCUGGCUUCCAGUCCGUCGCAUCGGCCGGCGUUGUACCUGCGACUUCUGGCUUCCAGUCCGUCGCACCGGCCGGCGUUGUACCUUCGACUGCAGACGUCCAGCCCACCGGAUCCGACGGUGUAGUACCUUCGAGUUCGAGCGUCCCCUCUACCACUUCCGGUGUAGUGCUUCCGAUUUGUGCUUUUCCGUCCGUCGACGUAGACCCAACCCCCACGACGAUCCCCGAUUUUCAGCCUGUGAUUACGGCUGCCGUAGAAUCGUCUUCGAUUGUGUCUCCCCCUGCCGUAGAGCUGACAGACUUUCGCGAGAUAGAGAUCAACCCCCUUUUUUCCCAGGAUGCAUUACCAAUCAUGGACAUGAGCAUGUUUCUGGAUGUUGGGUUGAUGGAUGGCAAAGACACGGUCCCCCCGGGUGAUUUUUUUCCUGAUGCGCUUGAAUUAGCUGAGUCUGCGGAUCCACCCCACCUUGCAUUCACUGUGCAGCAUGAUGAUUUGGAAGUGUUGAGCGGUUUUCUUUCCGAGUGCAAUGAGCAGCAGGCCGCAGCCCCUCCGUCUCUUUCCCACGCGUUGGCGAUUAUCGCCCCCGGUGCUUCCCCAUUUUCGGUAGGAAAAUCCACGCCCACCAUCGACAUUAACCUGUUCCACGCUUCCACCGGCCACGUAAAUGAAUUUUUGAUGCGUGAGACUGCCAAGCAGCAGGGUGUUCGGCUGGUCGGGGAGCUGCAGCCAUGUGUUGGCUGUGUAGAGGCGAAGGGCAGGAGGGCCCCGGUGCCGCGGCGUGGGACACGCGCGGCGGUGCCGUUCGGCAAGGUCCACAUCGAUCUCACGGGCCCGUUCACCGAGGCGAUGGACGGCUCCCGGUACCUGAUCAUGUUCGUGGACAGCGCAUCGCGGUGGCAACGGGGGUACGGGAUGCGGGCGAAGAGCGACACCCUGAAGUACGUGAAGCGCUUCUUGGCCGACAUGAACGGCAUGGGCACUCCGGGAUGUUUCCGCAUGGACAACGGCGGCGAGUUCACCGGCGCCGCUUUCAUCGAGUUCUGCGACGCCGCUGGCAUCCGGCGCGAGUACACCGCGCCCGACACCCCCAAACAAAACGCCGUCGCCGAGAGCGCCAUCUGGCGUGCGAUGAAGGGGGGCCACGCCGCGCGACGCCACAUCCUCUCCAUGGCCCACGUCGACCUCGCCUCCGUCCCCAACAUCGGCGCCAACGGACAACGCCUGUGGCUCUCGUCGGCGCUCUGGGCAUCCGGUUGUUUCAACCGCUCCGCGACGAAGGCCAAUCAGGGCUGGAUGUCGCCGUUCGAGGCCUUCUUCGGCCGGAAGCCGCCCCUCACCGUCGUCCCCUUUUUCCAGGAGGGUAGGAUGCGCGUGAAGCGGGCCACCAAGGCGGACGUCCAAUCCGCGAGGUGCUUCUACCUGCACGGCGCCAACAACCACUCGACGUCUACCGCCGUCGUUCUUCGCGCUGACACCGGUCGCCUCGCCCUCACCAACAACGUCGUGUGGGUCAACCGCCGGGCAGGAGCGCCGGCGCCGGUGCCGGCCAUCGGGGGGGGUUCUUCGGUCACCGCGGCGCCCUCGCCGGCCGCCGCCGUACCUGCGGCCGAUGCCGCACAGCCGCCGCCCCCGCGGACAUGGACGUACUACCCCCCUGCACCAGCGACCACCGCAGCGCCGCCCCCUCCCCCGUCGAUCUUCACAGGAUCUUCAGCGCCGUCGCCGAUCUCCGUCGCACCAUCCUCAGCCCCGCCGUCGACCGCAGCCACUCCGCCCCGUUCGCCCCCGGGCCUACCGCCGCCGCCGCCGAAGCCCGCCAGCGCCGCCGUCCCCGCUCCUCCGCACCCGCCGCUUUCGAAACGAGCCGUCAAGGAGUUGGGACGAGAGGACACGAGGGUUCACGGCCGCACACGCGGCGAUGGAGUGCGGUUCAUGGAUGAGCAACAAAAACCGCCGUCGCCACCCGGUGGCGGCACCGCUCUCCACCACCGCCUUGAGCUGUUGGACAUGAUGGACAAGGACACCCUCAUCUCGUCGCUCGCCACCCGGGAGGCCGUGGAUCAAGGACGCCGCGACCUACCGCCCCCGCCGCAGCCGGAUCCGAGUCCUGGAGGCCGUGGAAGCGGGGGGGCUGUGGGAGCUGGGGGGCCCGUGGAUUCCGGAGGGGGGGGGAGACCGCAGAUGUUCGCAACGAUGUUCGCCACCCGUGAGGAUGUGGACGCCGCACUUCGCGCCGAGCGCCCGCCCGACAAGAUGCCUGACCUUCCGCACUGCAUGGCCAGCGACCUCCGCGAGCCGAAGACGUUCAACGAGGCAAUGCGGUCUUUGCACUCAGAGUUGUGGGGUGAUGCAGUAGAUCGUGAGUUUUAUGGAUUGCUAGAUGCAGGCACCUUUCACGCAAUCCCAGUGUAGCAACCAGUAGAGAACUCCAUUAACGCCAAGUGGGUCUUUGACUGUAAGGCAGACGAGUAUGGAUGGCCGACGAAAUUCAAGGCAAGACUUGUAGCGCGGGGGGACAUGCAGAGGGCUUCGAUUGAUUUUGGAGAAUUGUUUGCACCCACCAUAUCAGUGUCUUGUGUGCGCUUGUUAGCAGCAUUGGCAUGUGAACAGAACCUUGACUUGUGCCAUUUCGAUAUUCAGCAGGCAUUUGUGCAGUCGGACCUUGAUGAGGAUGUUUUCAUGCGCUUACCGCAGGGGUGUGGUAGGUUAUCUGGCUUGAUCGUGAAGCUAUGCAAGAGUCUGUAUGGUUUGAAGCAGGUAUCACGAUAUUGGCAUUCGCACCUGACGAGGUGUUUGUUACGUUUAGGUUUUUUGCAGUGUCUGGCAGAUGCGUGUGUUUUUCGAUUGAUGUAGGAGGGACGUGUGAUCAUGAUCAUCGUGGUCCGCGU